UGUGUGAAUACCGCGGAUUCCGCGGCCGACGUGCCGAUGUUAACGAGUUAAACGUGCCUUAAUUUAUUUUAAUUUAUUGUGAAAGAUUUUAUUUAUUUAUUCCGAUUCCGCCCCCGGUGUAGUUGUUUUUAUAUUUUUAACUAUAAAAAUUGGAAAGUGAUUAUCGAAAGUGAAGGAUGUACUAUUGUUGGCAGUGUUUGCUUACGUUACGCGCUGUGCGGUCAACCGGUUGCGAAGUUUGACUUUAGAGAAAAACGGACUUUUUAAUCUGACGUAUUACACAUGAGCAAACACUGAAAGAAAGAAGAAGAAAAUGACAAAAAAGAAGGAAUCCGCGAGCACCAGCUCAGAAAAAACGAGCAAAUCCUCGAACGAAACGAAAUCAACGACCGAAUCAAAAUCCAAUGAAUCUUCAUCAAACCGCAAAUCAUCCCUUACGUCCAGGAUUCUGGGCCCUUUCUCUCGAGCAUCUUCCACUGCCAGUGUAGCCAGCCAGAAGGACUCCAAAAGUGCCACCGAUCGGAAAUUAUCCUUAGUCAAAAUCGAGUCAAUUGACGACGACGAUGAUCUGGCCAACUUGACGGUGCCGAAGACGAUCGAGUACACUGUCACCGAGCCAGCAACCCUUGUCGUCGAAAAAAAGGAUACCAGCCAGAAAACAAAGUCCAAGAAUGCCAAGACGAACAAGUCGGUCAUCGAGUCUGUCAAGAUGGUCGGCGGGAAGAUCAUCAAGACGACCAAAGCAAUGCAGUUCACUUUCGCGCGGCCUGACGAUGAUGACAACGACGAUGACGACUUCCAAGUAGAAAUCACCGAGAUCCCAUCCGAAGAGCGUCGGGCCUCUGUGGGAUCGACGCAUUUUUCGGAGCGCAAAAUGUCAGCCGAUUUUUCCGCAGAAUCAAAAUCGAAAGUCUUCCAGUCCUCAAAAUCCGACUCGCAGUCGAGUUUUUACUCCACUCAUGACAGCAGCACCGCGGACGAGCAAAAUGUACGGCUGGUCGGUGGGAAGCUGACGAAAACACCGUCAAAAGACUCUCAGUCGCAGUCUAAUUCCAAAGUGGAGGGGUCUGACAGUCAGUUGACGAGGACUUCAAGUCACCGCCUAAUCGAGAAGCAGUCCAGUCAAAAGUCGAUCCACGAGUCGUCGCAGGAAUCAGUCAAGGAGUCUAAAGCAACCACCGUCCAGAAGAGUGGCUCUCGCACGUACAUAACAACCAAGACGACCAUCGGACCGGACGGAAAGGAGCGAACCGAGACUGUGGUCAAGAAAGAGGAGUUGCCACCAGAAUCGCAGACAACUUACUCGGAGAAGCAAGAAUCUAAGAAAGCCGAAAAUUUCUCGACUACCGGUCAAUCAAAUUUAAAGUUGACGACUGGUAGCGCCGAUGAUAAAUCUUACUCGGCACGGCUCCGGGCCAGCCUCGAAGAUGAUACUUCAGGAACGUCGAAGAACUCCGAACUUUCCUCGGUGAAAAUUGUGAAAACUGCCUCAGACUCGAGCUCAAAAACUUUCAAAACGGAGAAAGUUUUCGAGACGAGUGAUUCCAGAUCCUCUGUUUAUUCCGACUCCCAGUCUUUCAUCCAAAAUGAAAAAUCUGGAGUGACAGACAAGCUUAGCUCCUCGACUGACGCAUCUAACAAGGGAGCGUCUUCUGACACUGCCAUAAGAAGCAAAGAUGAUGUAAAUUACUACACUUCCGGAACUUCCUAUGUCACCACGACAACCACUGGCGCGAAACAGAGCCAGGAUACUUCCGGUGUGAGACUGGUCGGAGGAAAAAUAGUAAAGACAACCGAAAGCAAGGAUUACUUCAAUAAGAAAAUUGGCGAUGGUCUGGACAAAAAGUCCUCACGGUCCACCGAAUCUCCGUCAAAUGCUCUUUCCAACCAGUCUGAUACUAUGUCCUCCAGUAAGCUUGUGUCGUCAAUCGAUAAAUCUGCCUCACACACGACUGAUUCUCUCUCAAAAGUGACAGACAAAACCGAGAGCAUGUCUUCUACUAAGCUUGUCUCGUCCGCAGACAAACAAAGCAUCUAUUCCACCAAGACAAACGUCUCCACAGAUAAAUUUGAAAACAUCCCAUCAAGUCAGCUUGUCUCAUCUAUUGACAAAACAGCCACUCACACGACUGAUUUUCCUGGUAAGUCAACGGUGGACACGAUGGAUGGAGUAUCCUCCAGUAUACUUGUGUCAUCCAUCGACUCUCAAUCUAAAAAUAUAUCGGAUAGGUCAGAAAGCUUUUCCACCAGUAAAGUUUCCUCCUCCAAGUCAGAAAUAAAAACUUCCAAGGUAGAUAGUUCCUCCACUGCGUAUUCUUCUGAUGUUUUCGACUUCUCCGACGAAAAUCUAGUGUGUACAUGUGAUCUCGGCGCUACACAUUCCACGAACGAUUUCAGCCACAAGGAUGAAAUUAGUUCAACGAAAUUUCUUAAAUCUGAAAAUUCGAAGACUUCUACAACCCAAUUUGUGUCAGGAGUCCCGGUUGGAUUUGAUCCUGCCCCUCUCGAUAUUCCAAAAUCUCCGAAGCAACCCAAAUCCCCAACCACGAAACUUGUUGGCGGAAAACUUGUAAAACUUGGCGAGGACAAGGACUAUUUUAACAAAAAGAUAAGUGAGGGUGUCGAAAAGAAGGAGCUAAGAACAACAGACUCAAGUUCAAAAUUCGACGUAGAGGAGACCUCCGUCACAUAUGUCACAGAUAAAUUCUCUUCAAAGCUAUCUUCGAGCUCAAUAGUUGACCAGCAGUCAAAAAGCUUUGACAAAGAAACUAAUUCCUUUGGCACACGCCUCGUUGGUGGUAAGCUAGUAAAAGACUCUACUGACGCAACUUACUACAAUCAAAAAAUGACGGACGGAUUCGAAAAGAAGAUACAGGAUAGCACCAGCACCGACAAAUCAUACACUAAGGAUUCCACCUAUACCGUCACUAGUGACUUUAUUUCACGUGAAUCAGAAAAACAGUUCGACCUUGGACGUAAUGAUGUAACUUACACAUCCGAAAAAACAAUUCCAAGAAGCAAAAUCACCGAUGACACUUACUCUCUGAUCAAAACGCAAAACGGAUCCAUUCCAACCUCAACGACAGAGAAAACAUAUAUUAUCGAUGCGUCCACAAACUCUCAAGAAGUCAAAAUGGUCGGUGGAAAAAUUGUCAAAAACGUUUCCGACAAGAAUUAUUAUAAUCAAAAGAUAACUGAUGGACUGAAAAAGAAGGAUAGCGAAAAAACCAAGACUGAUAGCACAACCUUUAAAACCCAGAAAGAUAUAUCUAGUCAUGACUUUGCAAAAACCGAUUUCUCUUCUUCCAAUACCUUUACAACUCAAAAGUUUGAGGUAUCCGAUAUCAGUGAUAAGCAUGUUAGUGAUAAAACGUACGUGAAAACGCUCUCUAAAGAGUUUCCGAUUUCUGGUUCACCCCAGGGGCCAGUCGAGCCUGGGCUUACAGUUAAAAUGGUCGGUGGAAAAUUAGUGAAAACCUUCGUGACACCCGAACCUCAGCCGAAGAAAAAGCCAGGCAGAGAACCAUCGCCAACCAAGUACUCGACCGACCAAACCUUCGCCGUUGAGUCUGAAACUAUUUCAUCUUAUAAACAGAAAGAGUUGAAAAACGGCGAUAUUAAGAAGUUCCCGCGUACUGAAACAACGACCAUUAUCAAGAACAUCGGUGAUACAACAGAUUAUAACAUCUCCACUGCAGAACUCAGAUCCACGACUAAAGAGCAGGUCAGCAAUUAUACAAGCAAAUACAUCAGCGAAUACGAUCAAGGGAGACCUCGGGACACAUCGCCGACGAAAGUCAGGAGAGACGACUCACCGUCCAAGUCCAAACCAAAAGAUUACUCCCCUCUGAAGGCGCGAGAUGUUUCGCCGACCAAAUCAAAACCAAGAGAUACAUCUCCCACAAAAUUAGGCAAAGACAAGUCCCCAAUAAGGUCAGUCUCGCAAAUAAGGCCUGACACAACGAUCACGUCCAAGACCACUGAUAAGAGGUCUGACUUUUCAUUGGACCGCUCCGAUACCACGGUAGUGUCCAGCAGCUUUGUCUCGGAGAACCUUUACAUCAAUGAUUACAGGAGCACGGACUCUGUAAAUCAGACGAAAUUGGUGACGUCUACGCCGAUCAAGCCAGGCCGGAAGGAGCCUUCUGACAAAUCGCCCAAGGAUGAAGGACCAAAGAAGCCUUCUGAUAGGUCACCAACAACUACAAAACCGACUGUGGAGUCAACCAAAUCCACCACUGAAAUACCCGAAACAGGUCUGACCGUGAAAAUGGUCGGUGGGAAACUAGUGAAGACUUUCGUGACUCCUGAGCCGGCUCCGAAGAAAAAGCCAGAGCGAGAGCCCUCUCCGACCAAGUCACCAAAACCGAAGCGUACCGAUAUGCUCGACAAACCUGAAACCUACUCACCGACCGCUAUCCGCAAAGGAAGUUACACAAUCACCUCGACCGGGGAGAAGGUGGGUGACCGGCCGGUGGCGCUCGUUCCGAGGGACUAUGACGUCGUCGACCGAAGUUACACGUCGGCGUCGUCGGACACGUUCCAGGCGUCGACCAACUUCAAGACCGAGUCGCAAACUACGUACGCGACCAGCAAAGUCCUGAAGGAAAGCUUCGUCUACGAUUCGCGCGGAAACGUCGUGAAGGUAACGAAGACCGAAUCGGUGCAGGACUUGAAACCGGAGACCGUUUCGCGCACCUCCGUCACGUCGGACGUGAAGGCGACGCGGCUAGUGGACGAGCGCGUCGUUGACAAUCGCGAGACGUCCGUCACGAAAACGGUUCGGGACGACCGGAAAACGAUCGACAAGAAAACGGUUCGUGAUGACAAGAAGACGGUGCGCGAUGAUAAGAAGACGACCAAAGUGACUGAGAAGACCGUCGUCAAGGAGCAGUGCAUUUGCGAGAUUUGCACAUGUGGACGACACACAUGCACUCACGAGCCGGAGAACACAGGCCCGCCUCUGGACUGGAAGCCAGAGCCGGUGCCGAAAACCUCGCUGAAAAACGAGGCCUUCCACCCGUUCAAGCCCAACGAAGUGGAACGGCCCAAAAUCCAGCGCCUCAAUACAGAGCUGGAGCUGCCUCAGGGGGAAAUCGACCAAACUACAAACUACAAGAAGGACUACCCCGAGAAGCAUGCAGAACGUCAACCAAGAUAUCACAUGGAGGACCAUCUCCAUUUGGAGGGAGAAUACAAAGUCACGCGGAAACAGGAAUACACAGCGACAAAGGGUGAGAGAGCACCAGUUCGUAAACCAGAGGAUAAUUUACGACCUGAGGGUGAGUUCGAACGCCCGAAACCUGAGAAAUUUGGACCAGCAGAACGACCCAAACCAUUUAAGCCUUCAGACAACUUAAAGCCUGAAGGGGAGUUUGAACGUCCUAAACCUGAAAAAGUAGGACCAGGGGAGAGGGCUCCAAUUGUUAAACAUCCGGAUAACCUCUGGCCAGAAGGAGACUUCCAGCGGCCUGAGAAAGAUCAAUUUAAACCCGCUGAAAGGCCAAAACAAGUGAGGCCUUCGGACAACUUGAAACCUGAGGGUGACUUCGAUCGUCCAGAGAAGGAAAAGUUCCGUCCCGCUGAAAGGCCGAAGCAAGUGAAACCAUCUGACAACUUGAAACCUGAGGGUGACUUCGAUCGUCCAGAGAAGGAUAAAUUCCGGCCUGCUGAAAGACCGAAGCAAGUGAAGCCAACAGACAACUUGAAGCCUGAGGGUGAAUUUGAAAGACCUAAACCUGAGACAUUGGGCCCUGCAGAAAGGCCCAAACCAAUAAAACCAACUGACAAUCUAAAACCCGAAGGAGACUUUGAACGACCUGGAAAAGAUCAGUUCAAACCAGCUGAAAGGCCAAAACAAGUCAAGCCGACGGAUAACUUAAAGCCUGAGGGUGAGUUUGAUCGGCCGGUAAAAGAAACUGCGCCCAAAAAAGGAGAGCGGGCUCCAGUCAAACGCCCGGAAGACAACUUGAAACCCGAAGGAGAAUUUUAUGGAGAAAGAGUUGUAACGAAAGUGGUCAAGGGUGAAAGAGCUGAAAUAAAACAUCAUGAGGAUCAUCUGAAAACGGAGGGUGAAUUUUAUGGUAUCACCACGAAACAAAUAGAAUUCACGGGUGAGCCUGGGGAGAGACCUAAUAUGAUUCGUAGGAAUACUUGGACAAAACUAGAGGGCGACAUGGAGAUCGAGACGACGAACAAAAGCGAAUUCAAGAAAUUCGACACAACAAGGACCACCAUCAUCAGAAGGCACACGGAUAAUCUCACCGUUGGCGAAGGAACAAUUCAGAUUACCUCCCAGAACCGCGAGGAUUAUCCCGAGAGAAGAGUUGUAAAACCAGAAAAACCUAAAAAACGGCCAGACAAUCUCAAGCCAGAUGGAGGUGAAUUCUACAGUGAAACCAGCUCUAUGCAAGCGUUCCAAGGACAGACUGUGACAUCGAGGGUAGAAAUUACACGACACAAAGAUAACCUAACGAGUGAGGGUGAUAUUACGUUUAUCACAUCUAGUCAAACAGACUACACGGAGAAAUUACCAGAAAGAGAGACACCUAAACGUCGCCGCACGUGGACCAAACAAGACGGAGAAAGGUACUUUGAGACGACGCACACUCAAGAAUUUAAAACGUACGAGAAUAUCACUGACGUUAGGCAAACACAAAAACGACACCACGACAACUUAAAACCAGAGGGACCUUUCGAAGGAACUCCUCGUUCUAAGGAUGACUUUAAACCCGUGACAGCUGAGCGGCCUGUGCAAAAGAAGCCUCGAGAUAACUUAAAACCUGAGGGUGACUUCCAGCGUCCUGAAAAAGAAAAAUUCAAGCCUGCAGAGCGCCCAAAACAAGUAAAGCCAACUGACAACCUCAAACCGGAAGGUGAAAUCCAAAGACCAAGGAAAGAAGAGUUCAAACCAUCGGAACGACCAAAACCUGUGAAACCCAGUGAUAAUCUGAAGCCUGAGGGUGAUUUUGAGCGUCCAGAAAAAGACAAAUUCAAGCCAGCUGAGAGACCAAAACAGGUCAAACCUACGGAUAAUUUGAAACCUGAAGGAGAUUUUGAGCGACCUGAAAAAGGACAGUUUAGACCUGCAGAGAGACCAAAGCAAGUAAAGCCCACAGACAAUUUGAAACCGGAAGGUGAUUUCCAAAGGCCUGAAAAAGAUCAGUUCCGACCUGCAGAGAGACCAAAACAAAAAAAGCCCACUGACAAUUUGAGACCUGAGGGUGAUUUUGAACGUCCGGAAAAAGAUAAGUUCAGACCGGCUGAAAGACCGAAGCAGGUAAAACCCACAGACAAUCUGAAACCUGAAGGAGACUUCGAGCGACCUGAGAGGGAGCAGUUUAGACCCGCAGAAAGACCGAAACAAGUUAAACCCACUGACAAUUUAAAACCUGAGGGUGAUUUUGAAAGACCUGAAAAAGAUACGUUUAAGCCUGUUGAGAGGCCCUCACCGGUCAAACCUACCGACAACUUGAAACCCGAAGGUGACUUCCAACGCCCUGAAAAAGACCAAAUCAGACCCGCAGAAAGACCAAAGCAAGUUAAACCAUCUGAUAACUUGAAACCUGAAGGUGAUUUCGAGAGACCAGAAAAAGACCAAUUUAGACCUGCCGAAAGACCGAAGCAAGUCAAACCCUCUGAUAAUUUGAAACCUGAGGGCGAUUUUGAGAGACCGGAAAAAGACCACUUUAGACCUGCCGAAAGGCCUGUUCCAGUAAAACCGUCCGACAAUUUGAAGCCGGAAGGUGACUUUGAGAGACCGGAAAAACGACAGUUUAAACCCGCAGAAAGACCAAAACAGGUUAAGCCCACGGAUAAUUUGAAACCCGAGGGUGACUUUGAACGGCCUGAGAAAGAUAAGUUCAAACCUGCCGAAAGACCAACUCCAGUUAAACCAAGUGAUAAUUUGAGACCUGAAGGUGACUUCCAGCGUCCUGAAAAAGAGCAGUUCACACCUGCUGAAAGGCCAAAACAGGUAAAACCAUCUGACAAUUUGAAGCCAGAGGGUGAAUUUGAGAGGCCCGAAAAAGAUCACUUUAAGCCUGCUGAGAGACCGAAGCAAAUGAAACCGUCUGAUAAUUUAAAACCCGAGGGAGAUUUUGAGAGACCUGAAAGAGAGCAAUUCAAACCUGUUGAAAGACCCAAAGCUGUCAAACCAUCUGAUAAUCUAAAGCCUGAGGGUGAUUUUGAUCGUCCUGUAAAGGGACAAUUUACUCCAGCGGAGAGACCAAAACAGGUGAAGCCAAGUGACAAUCUGCGCCCUGAAGGGGAAUUUGAACGUCCUGAAAGGGACCAGUUCAAAUCAGCGGAAAGACCAAAGCAGGUCAAACCCACAGACAAUCUAAAGCCCGAGGGUGAAUUUGAUAGGCCAGAAAAAGCACCAUUCACUCCAGGUGAACGACCAAAAGCAGUCAAACCUUGUGAUAAUUUGUAUCCGGAAGGAGAUUUUGAAAGGCCCGAAAAACCGGUUGUUGGCCCCGGUGAAAGGGCUCCGAUUGUUCGUCAUCCUGAUAACCUAUUCCCUGAAGGUGAUUUUGAGCAAACACCAAAAGACAAAGUAAUUCCAAAAGGUGAACGAGCACCAGUUGUAAAACCAAAAGAUAAUCUGUACCCCGAGGGUGAGUUUGAAAAACGUCCAACGAACGACUUCCUCCCCGAAAAGGGUGAACGGGCCCCUAUUGUUAUUCCGCAGGACAACUUGAAACCUGAAGGAGAGUUUGAGGGCAGACCAAAGCCCAAGGAAGGACCAACGUAUGGUGAACGAGCUCCUGUGGUAAAGCCGAAGGAUAACCUUUAUCCGGAGGGUAAAUUUGUCCGACCCGAACCGGAAUAUGCUCCAACUCAUGGAGAGAGAGCACCGACAAAGAAAUAUCCCGACAAUCUGAAACCUGAAGGAGAUAUUGACUUCCCGAUCAGAGAGGCCCCAACACCGACCAAAGGAGAUCGAGCACCAGUGAAGAAGCCUAAGGAUAAUCUGUAUCCAGAAGGUGAAUUCCAAAAGCGACCAAAAGGAGAACUCCCUCGAGGUGAACGAGCACCGGUUGUGAAACCAAAAGACAAUCUUUGGCCUGAGGGAGAGUUUGAAAAACGACCAACGAAUGACUUCCCACCUAAAAAGGGGGAAAGAGCCCCGAUUGUCAUACCAAAAGACAAUUUGAAACCAGAGGGUGAAUUUGAAGGUCGACCGAAACCAAAAGACGAACCUAUCUACGGAGAAAGAGCUCCAGUUGUAAAGCCAAAGGACAACUUAUAUCCAGAAGGCAAAUUCGUUCGACCAGAACCAGAAUACGCUCCAACUCAUGGAGAACGAGCACCCACGAAAAAAUACCCUGAUAAUUUGAAACCCGAAGGUGAUAUUGAUUUCCCAAUGCGAGAAGCUCCAAAACCAACGAAAGGCGACCGGGCACCAGUGAAAAAGCCGAAAGAUAAUUUAUAUCCAGAAGGAGAGUUUCAGAAGCGACCAAAAGAGGAACUUCCAAGAGGUGAAAGAGCACCAGUGGUCAAACCGAAAGAUAAUCUUUGGCCAGAGGGCGAAUUUGAAAGGCCCCCUCUGCCAGAAUACUCAUCUGUUAAGAGACCUGAACCAUUCAAACCUUCAGAUAAUCUUAAACCUGAGGGUGAAUUUGAAAGACCGCAGCCAAAGAAGGUUGGUCCUGGUGAACGAGCUGACAUCAUUAAACAUCCAGAUAACUUAAAACCCGAGGGAGAGUUUAUUGGCAGACCAAAACAAGAACCCGUGCCGACAUAUGGUGAAAGAGCUCCAGUGGUAAAACCUAAAGAUAAUCUUUACCCUGAGGGUGAUUUUGUUCGACCAGAGCCAGAAAUUACGCCAACUAAAGGUGACCGAGCCCCUACCAAAAGGCAUCCUGAUAAUUUGAAACCUGAGGGAGAAUUUACUGGAAGACCGAAGGACGAUUUUAAACCAACCAAAGGAGAGCGGGCGCCCACGAAAAAACCACAAGACAAUCUAUUCCCAGAGGGUGACUUUGAACGGCCCGAACCAGUGAAAUAUGGACCCGGAGAGCGGCCAAAACCAGUGAAGCCAUCAGAUAAUCUCAAACCUGAGGGCGAUUUUGAGAGACCAGUGAAAGAAGCAUUCAAACCAGCA